AUGAACAAGAGAGUGGAGAAACAAUUAGAGAGCAGGACCAAACAGAGAAAAGUAGAAGUAUCCGAUAAACAAACUGGUGACGAGAUGGUUUUCACGGAUCUCCAUGAAAUGGUUAUUCGUGAGAGGAUGAUUCCCUACCGUACGCCAGUGAUCAACGACGACAUUACCCUUCGGAAUUCUCAAAUUUUCUACGAAGAAAUGAAAAUGCGGCGGAGUUGUCGACAGUUUAGUUCCAGAGAUGUACCGUUGAAAGUUAUUCAGAAUUUGUUGAAAACUGCAGGUACCUCUCCAAGCGUGGGAAAUCUACAACCCUGGACGUUUUGUGUGGUCUCAAGUGACUCAAUUAAAACAAUGAUCCGGAAAAUUCUAGAAGCCGAUGAACGAGACAAUUAUGUGUCGAGAAAAAAAGGCGCAUCUUGGGUUGUCGACGUUUCUCAGCUACAGGACACCUGGCGGAGGCCCUAUAUCACAGAUGCACCGUAUUUGUUAAUCGUUUGUCAUGAGAUCUUCCGCGACGUCCACAACAAAACGGAACGGGUCUUCCAUUAUAAUCAAAUCAGCACAUCAAUAGCUGUCGGAAUUUUAUUGGCGGCAAUUCAAAAUGUUGGUUUGAGUACGGUAGUGACGUCACCACUCAACGCAGGUCCCGACAUUUCCCGAAUAUUGAGGAGGCCCGAAAAUGAAAGUAUCCUUCUACUCUUGCCACUUGGCUACGCAUCAGAAGACGUUCUAGUUCCAGAUCUCAAAAGAAAACCGGUCGAGCAUAUCACAAAAUUAUAUUGA